CUCCACCACCACCACCACCACCUCGCCACCAACACCAGCGGGCGGAGUAAUAGCCUAUUUACGUGUGGUGUUUACGGUGUGAUUUGUUCUCGCAUGCGUUCUCGGUACACAAGCUCGCGUGCACGGUUUAUCUCAUACUAGCAAAUCGGUACCCUCCGCGUGCGCCUGUUAGCUGCUGUAAAGCGUUUCCCAUUCUGUGGUCCUGCCCUCAAGAUUGUGAGCUGAAUUCUGAUUGGAGGAAAUGGAGUGCCAAUCUGUCCUGCACCAGUGAUCAGGCCGGGAGACUCCAGUGGUGACAUCCUGUGGGGCCAGAGAUCAAAGGCGAGGAGGCUGUUUUACCACUGCUGGAACUGAAGAUUGCUUUAAAUAAGCAAGUCCUUGUAGAAGGUUUUUUAAGUCAUGAUGCAAGAAUCUGGGACCGAGGCUAUGAGCAACGGACCAGCCAAUCAAAAUGGAGGAAGGAGCGUGGAGGGCGGAUCCAGGGAGGGACCAACCAAGAGCGCAACGCCAUCAAUGGAGGUGACUGCAGCUGACCUCCUGCAUCUCCAGCAGCACCAGGCUCUCCAAGUGGCUCGGCAGAUACUCCUCCAGCAGCAACACCAACAGCAGCAGUCCCACUCACAGCAUCUGCAGUCUCAACAAAACACUGGCCGCAAAUCCCCUAAAGCCAACGACAAGCAGCAAAGCCUACAGGUUCCAGUUUCAGUGGCUAUGAUGACACCCCAAGUGAUAACUCCUCAGCAGAUGCAGCAAAUCCUUCAGCAGCAAGUCCUGAGCCCUCAGCAGCUCCAGGUUCUUCUCCAGCAGCAACAAGCCCUCAUGUUACAACAGCAGCAACUCCAAGAGUUCUACAAGAAACAGCAGGAACAGCUCCACCUCCAGCUUUUACAGCAGCAGCAGCAGCAGCAGCAGCAACAGCAACAGCAGCAGCAUGCAGGCAGCAAGCAGAGUAAAGAGCAGCAGGUGUCAGCCCAGCAGUUGGCCUUCCAGCAGCAGCUCCUGCAGGUCCAGCAGGUCCAGCAGCAGCAUCUGCUCAACCUUCAGAGACAAGGGCUGCUCACAAUCCAGCCUGGACAGACCGGCCUGCCACUGCACUCCCUCACUCAGGGCAUGAUUCCAGCAGAGCUACAGCAACUGUGGAAGGAGGUUACAAACGCUCACGUGAAGGAGGAGCACAACAACAGCAGCAACAACGGCCACCGGGGCCUUGACCUGUCCUCCCCAGCACCGCCUAAGAACCCACUCCUCAACCAGCAUGCCUCCACCAACGGGCAGUACCUGAGUCACAAGAGAGAGGGAUCCACACUAGAAGAGCAUUCCCCACACAGUCACCCUCUCUAUGGUCACGGUGUUUGCAAGUGGCCUGGAUGUGAAGCGGUGUUUGAUGAUUUCCAUUCAUUCCUUAAGCAUCUUAACAAUGAGCACGCCCUGGAUGACAGGAGCACGGCCCAGUGUCGGGUGCAAAUGCAGGUCGUACAACAGCUGGAGCUGCAGCUAUCGAAAGACAAAGAGCGUCUGCAAGCUAUGAUGACGCACCUACAUGUCAAGUCCACGGAGCCCAAAGCCACCCCACAGCCGCUCAACCUGGUGUCCAACGUCACAUUGUCCAAAUCGGCCCCCGAGGCCUCUCCUCCUCUGAGCCUGCCCCGGACCCCCACCACACCCACAGCACCACUAACACCCCUGUCCCAUACCCACUCCGUCAUCACAUCCAACAGCCUCCACAGCGUGGGCCCUAUGCGACGACGCUACUCGGAAAAAUACAACAUGCCCAUCUCUCCAGAUCUCAGUCAAAACAAAGAGUUUUACAUGAAUGCAGAUGUUAGACCGCCGUUCACGUAUGCCUCACUAAUAAGACAGGCAAUUCUCGAAUCUCCAGAAAAGCAGCUAACACUAAACGAAAUCUACAACUGGUUCACACGAAUGUUUGCAUAUUUUAGACGCAACGCAGCGACGUGGAAGGGUGCCAUUCGCACCAACCUUUCCCUGCAUAAGUGCUUUGUGAGAGUAGAGGAUGAGUUUGGGUCCUUUUGGACUGUUGAUGAUGAGGAGUUUAAGCGCGGCCGCCACAUACAGCGAGGCCGUCCUCGGAAAUACGCCGCUGAUGAGAACUUUGAUGAGCUGCUCGUACAAAGUCCAGCCUUAGUGAAGAACAUUCAGACCAGCUUGGGCUAUGGUCCGACCCUCUCUGCUGCCUUCCAGGCUUCAAUGGCAGAAAACAACAUACCUCUAUACACUACUGCUUCCAUUGGAAGUCCCACCCUCCACUCCCUGGCUAACGCCAUCCGUGAGGAGAUGAAUGGAGCGAUGGACCAUGGAAACAGCAACGGCAGUGACAGCAGCCCGGGACGCUCGCCCCUGCUAGCUAUGCAUCACAUCAGCGUUAAGGAGGAACCACUGGACCCCGAAGACCAUGACGGGCCCCUCUCCCUGGUAACGACUGCCAAUCAUAGUCCAGAUUUCGAUCACCACAGAGAUUACGAUGACGACCAGGGCCACGACGACAUGCUGUAAGGCUAGCGCCGCCCCUCGCCCGGCCUCAGAGGCAGAGGCAGUCGGGGUCAUCUGGGAGACAGAAACGCUUCGCAGAUAA